CACCACCACCACCACCAAAUCGAGCCCAGCCCUUCUAUGAGCUCUUCUUUGUCUUCCUUCUCUACUAGCGACGCCAGAGACACGGAGGCAGUGAGCCGGCGACUGCUGUAGCUGCGGCCUAACCUCCCAUCCCUCCUUCAUCCCCCAUCUCUGUCUUCUCCGGCGAAGAAGACGAGCACAACCCAAGAAUUUCAGCUCUCUCCGACGAGGGUUUCUCCAGCUGUGUCCACAAUCUACAGGGGCGGGAUGUGGAGUAUAAUCAGAGAGGCAUUCGACAAAACACUGCUGGUGGCAAAAGCGUAUGGCAUCCUCCACAUCACUAAUUCCUACCUCUGUACAGUUGCGCUUGCUUAUGGCCCCAGCAUGAUUCCGACUAUCAACCUCACCGGCGACCUCAUCCUCGCCGAGAGAAUAUCCCCCCGCAUCGGGAAGGUGGGCGUCGGAGACAUUGUUAUCGUCAGAUCGCCGGUGGUCCCCAGGAGGGUAGUGACGAAGCGUGUGGUUGGCAUGGAAGGGGAUCAAGUCACCUACUUGCUCGACCCACACAACAGCGAUGAAGUUCACUCCAUUGUGGUUCCGAGGGGCCAUGUCUGGAUACAGGGAGAUAACAUAUACAAUUCGAAAGACUCGAGAGAUUUUGGUCCAGUUCCUUAUGCACUUGUUGAAGCAAAAUUACUUUGGAGGGUGUGGCCGCCUAAAGAUUUUGGUCCAAUGCAACACAUAUCAAGAUAGAAGAGGGAAAUGAAGGAACCAUACAUGC